AUGGCAAUGGCAGAAGAGAAUGAAUUUUGUAAACUGUAUGUUGCUGGAAUCUUCAGAGGUCCCGUCAAAGAAAAAAGUGAAGAAGAAAUUGAUCUGCCGGGAAAGGACAAAUUUUCUUAUAAUAUAGCAGCAAUACUAGCGAGAGAUAGUGAAGUCGUUGCAGUAAACUUGAGAGUUUUAUCCGACGGAUGUGAAAUUUCCAUUGCUAAGAACAGUUUUUGGCUUGAUAAAGAUCGUGAAUAUGUUGAAAAAAUCAAAGAAACUCUGACGAAUGUAUCUAAAUAUGCUCCUAUGAAGUUCGAACAAGCAUGUGAUAGAGAGGAUAUGAGAGAUUUAUUUUUAACUAUAAAGAAGUACUGUUUUGAAAAGCUCGAGUAUAUAUUGGACAAACUUAGAAGGGAUAUAACCGAGUAUGAAGACAAAGAAUAUAUUAAAUCUUUCUUAAAUUAUGUUAAAACAAUGUUGACAUAUAUUUUGACAAUGAGGAAAAAUUCACUAUAUCCGUGGUUUGUUACAAGUAAAAUAGCAAAAAGGAAUUUUACAAUCCCGGAAAAAUUUCUAAGCCACAUUAGAAAGGUGGGAUCAUAUGCUGGAUCUUUAUUUAAUAUCACAAAUUGCCGUAUAGAUUUGAAAUUAUUGAAUCCUGAUGUGGUGAUUCACCCCAUAUUACCAUGGAAUGGUAUUGUCAAAAAAUUUCUUGAUCAUGAAAAAGAAUAUGAAAGUUUCAUGGAAGCAUGUUUGAUAGAUCCUAUGAUAGAGUUAGACUAG